AUGCAGAAACUACCAGGGCCAGCUAUACAUGGCUCGGCGAACCGUACCCCAGGGGGCAAUAAUGCCUUUUAUAAUAUUGCAAACGACUACACGCACAUUGCCGAUCUCAACCUGCGCCGGCGGCUCGCCCUGGCCGACAUAGAUAGGAUCCCGCUGGGCCUGCAGCACGCGCGGGCCGUGGCCGUGGCCGGGGUCGGCUUCUUCCUGGACUCGUACGACAUCUUCGCCAUCGACCUGAUCGUGAGCCUUUUGGGCGUCGUCUUUUGGCAGGGAGGCCAGGACCAGGCUGCCAACGGCUUUGGCGGCAACGGAGGCAGGCUCCCGUCGACGGUGGACCAGGCCCUCAAGGCCUCGACCAGCGCGGGAAUCAUCAUCGGCCAGCUGAUUUUCGGGUGUCUCGCCGACGCCUUUGGCCGCCGCAAGAUGUACGGCAUCGAGCUGUGCAUCGUCCUCGUCUCGACUCUCUGCUUUGCCCUGGCGAGCCCCAGCUCCUCGAUCAGCUCGACGGGGAUUUUGGUGUUUUGGAGGCUGAUGAUGGGCGUUGGGAUCGGGGGCGAUUAUCCCUUGUCUUCGGUCAUCACUUCCGAAUUCGCACCCACACGCUGGCGUGGCGCCAUGCUGGCCGCCAUGUUUUCGAUGCAAGGUAUUGGCCAGCUGAUCGCCGCGGUGACGACGCUGGUGGUGACGGUCAUCUUCAAAGAAUCCUUCAUCGAGGUUGGAAAGGCGUCGGAGUGCGAUGCGACCUGCAGGCUGGCUGCAGAUAGGUCGUGGCGCCUGAUCGUAGGCAUCGGUGCACUGCCGGCCUGCUUCGCCAUGUACUACCGCAUCACCAUCCCGGAGACGCCUCGCUACACCUUGGAUGUCGCCCAGGAUAUCGAAAAGGCCGAGGCCGAUGUCAAGGCCUACAUGUGCAGUCAGCACGAGGGCACUGUCGAUCCUCUGGCACGAGCUAGGGCCAAGAGGCUGGCGUCCAUAUCCCUGGAUAUUCCUUCCGCUUCGUGGCCCGACGUGUACUCGUAUUUCCGGCAAUGGAGACACUUGAAAAUCCUCAUUGGGACUACCGUGCCGUGGUUCUCUCUUGACCUGGCCUUCUACGGCCUCGGAUUGAACACCACCGUCGUGCUGAAGUUGAUAGGCUACUCACGACACGAGAACUUCUACCACACCCUAUACGACAACGCAGUCGGCAUGAUCAUCCUCACCUGCGCCGGCUCCCUGCCGGGCUACUGGAUGUCGGUCCUAACGAUCGACACCUUUGGCCGCCGCCCUAUCCAGAUCCUGGGCUUCUUAGUGCUGACCAUACUCUUUUGCAUCCUGGGCUUUGCGUACCACCACCUGUCCGGCGGCUCGAUGCUGGCGCUGUACAUCGCCGCCCAGUUCUUCUUCAACUUUGGUCCCAACACCACCACCUUCAUCACGCCGGCCGAGGUGUUCCCCACCCGCUACCGGGCCACGGGCCACGGCGUCUCGGCGGCCAUGGGCAAGAUCGGCGCCAUCCUAGCCCAGGGAAUCAGCAUCCCGCUGCUUGAGCGCGACAGGCCGCCGACCGCUUCGGCCUCGUGCGAAGGGCUCGCGUGCUCGCGCUCCCUCCCCAAGCUGAUGCUUAUUUUUGCCGUCUUCAUGCUCAUCGGCACGCUGACUUCGACCCUGGUCCCCGAGACUAAAGGCGCGACCCUCGAGGAGUUGGCAGGGGAGCUAAGCGAUUCUGGGGGUGGACGUGGCGGUCCUGGCUCUGGAAUGGGAAAGCCGUCGCCCAGAGGCGGCAAGGGUGGCGGUGACGGUGGCGUCGAUAAGGGGUCCGCGGGGAUGGGCUCGAGAGCAAGGCGAUGGCUCCGAAAGCCCUUCCCCGGCGGCAAGCCAGCAGGGUUCCAGCGAGCGCUGGCUAGGGCAAGCCCUCGCGUCGGGAUCAUGGCCGGCCCCGAUGUCGAUUGCCGCGAGGCUCUAUCCCGACAGCAGAUGAUACAGAGCAGCAGCGGCAGGGGCUUCAGGGGCCCAUUGAGGGGCUGGCCGUUCCCGGACGUCGCCACCAAUUUGACGCAGGAGUUUGCCGGGGGGAGGACCGGUGGGAAACGGUCCAGCGGCAAGAGCAAGACGAAGAAAGGUGCGGUGGAGAGUGGCGGCGGCGGCGGCGAGAUGGUGAGUGACGGCCUCACGGCGACGACCGGGGACGAGACGGAUCAUAACGACAGGUUCGCUUUCGUUGGAGAGGACGCAGCAGCUAUGCAGGUGUUGGCGUCGACGCAUUACUUGGCUCCCGGCUGGGGGGCUGGUUGGGGAAGGAUGGACAGGGGAGGCCGGUCCGCCUCCAAGGAUAAUAUGUUAUUACAGGAUGUGGGCAGCCUACUCCGAUAACAUAGACUUGGCAAGAAAGGAAGAUAAGCAUAGCAUUUAAAAUCAACAAUAUUCUCGUGAUGUCA